AUUGGAUCUCGUUAGUACAUCUCUAUAAGGCUGCAUUGAAGUCUGCAUAUGCAACGAAACUGACAGUCGAUUAAUUAAGUUUGUGCGCAUGUGUACAUAGUUUACACUAAACGAACAGUAAAUUAUGAAUAUUUUAGGCACAAUGUUAAAACGACAAUUGAAAGACUCUCUUCCGUACAUUGCGCUUGGAUAUCCAAGCCGACAUCGAGUCUUUUGUUUCAUUUCAAAUACGAUCAUUCGACGUACGUCUCGUCAAAUAGACGGAGUACCAUAGGCGUAUCGAUGACGACCAUCUGUACCCUUGGUGCAGUCCUACAUUGUGCGUUGCUAUUGCAGCUUGUGUUUCUCUCUUCGACGCAGACAGACCAAGAACACGUCAUCGCGUCUUUACUCGCCAACAAGAGUAUAUCUACUUCUGUCUGGCACACGUCGCUACCGAAUCGAUGGCAUCCGUUCUCAAGCUGGACCAGCAACAGUCCACCAAGCAGACAAUACGCAGCCGCGACCGAGCUACUGGACGCAAAGCUCGACGGCACGAGCAAAGAGGUGAUGUUGAUGUACGGAGGCGAAGGUGCCGAUUCCGACCACCGAACUUGGCUGUACGACAUACAAUCGAAUUCUUGGAAACGGGUUCGACGACGAUCGGGACCCGACGGCAUCAUACAUCACACGCUCGUGUCUUUGUGUAAAACGCGGGUUUUACUCUUCGGCGGCGUUUCGUCGUCGUCGGACAGAAUUUGCACUAACGAAACUUGGAUGUUUGAAAUGAGACAGAACGAAUGGAAACGCGUAGACGCGACCAUUCACUCUCUGAACAAAAGCUUUUAUGUUACUCCUCGAUGUAGACACGCCGCCACGGUGGUGCGCUCGGACGACAGCCCGUGCGGCUGCAAGGAAUCGAUGAUCGUCUAUAGCGGGUUCUAUCACAGUCGGUCAACGUGGCGUUCGAGUGUGAGAGACGGUGUUUCCGAUGUGUGGCUGUUGAAGUGCAAAGACGACGUCUCUCACGUUUAUGAGUGGAUCCUUCUUAGUUCGAGUGCUCCGAAGCUCAGUUAUCCGGCCUUAAGUUCAGCUUUCAAUAACACGAUCGUGUACUUUUAUGGCGCCGCCGUUUCGGGUGUCACCGGCAGACAGAGACGUUGGGAAGUGUGGUCGUAUCGAGUCUUAACGGCCACGUGGAAUAGACACUCUAAUUUUAGUCGACGCGCUCUGCAUUCUGGACGAAUACUCUACUUUUCGAAUUUCGAUAAAUCGGAGCACCUCCUGGUUUUGUGUUGCUCUAGGCCCUUUGUUGUAUUCGAUCUGAUUACGGAUGUAUGGUUGCACCCGAACGAGAGUGAGAGUGCACCAAGUCUUAUGGAAACACACAUCACAGUCGCCAAAGUAGGAGGUCGAGUUAUCAUUUUUGGUCGACAGCACUUGUCUAUUAUGGCUCCAAACAGGAUGUGGUUUUUAUCUAUGUCUGAUCAAAACAAUUGGGAGUACCGGCCGAUAAAGCCACGAAGGUCGAGUCCGGUUAAGCCUCGAAUGUCGUGGGUCGGAGGUUGUAUGCCACAACGAAACGAGAUCCUGCUGUUUGGUGGAAUGACAAUCGACGACAAUCAAGUUGUCGCGUUCGAUAAUCGCAUUCAUCGAUUAGAUUUGGAAACAUUGCAGUGGUCAAAUGAAAUCAUUGACAGUGGAGGUGAAACUAGACUGGUCUUUGCGGUAUUGUCCACUGCUACUGUCUUAUUGGAUUCUGUGCUUGUAUUCUACGGUGGCCUGAGGUUAACCACCCACUGGUUGCCUAUAGAAACUAUCUUACCCGUCAAAGACAUUUGGGGUUACUACAACCAGGAGACUACCAGAUUGUUGGUAAAGUACGCGACCGAUGGACGGGAGCCACCGGAAAGAAUGCUUCAUGCUGCCGCAGCGGUCGAUUCGCAAACGAUGAUCAUAUACGGAGGAAUAACGUUUCAAAUAGACGUUUCAGGUUUUGCGUAUGCAUCGAGUCUCAAGUUGAAACUUUUGUACGAUUUGUGGAGUUUCACUUUACCGCCGUUGGAUGAAGAUUCGUUUAAUCUGGUGGAGCAACGUGACGGAUCGCAGUGGAAGGUCAUCGCAGAUCGAAAGGGCGCCAAUAUAUCUUACGCAAUGUCGCUUGCUGCGAUCGACAACGUUCUCUACAUGUACGGCGGAUCACAAACUGUUCUGAGCAUGAACGCCAUGUUUUCUCAAGCUCCCGGAACGGUUAAGGUAUCGUUUACUUGCUCGGAUGGCAUGUGGACAUACAACCUGUCUGACAGCAAUGGAUGGAUGCAAAUACGGUACAAGGGAAAUGGUCCCGGAUAUCGUUGCUUGCACCAGUCGCUAGUGUUUGGCGACAAAAUUGUGGUAACGGGCGGUUGUAGCAAUACUUUUGUUGCCCGGAUUAACCUCAAUACCGCUCUUCCGGACAUAAUAUGUCAAGAGAACUCGGAUACGUACGGUGUGUGGAUUUACGACCCGAAGUCGAUUAUGUGGUUGAGAUUAACGAGUAGUCCUCUCUAUCACACCGAUAUAUUGGGACCUUUCUCUGUAAUCUGGAACGAGCUUCUUCUGUCGUUCGCCGGUCUUCCGACGACGCCGUUUUCCGAGGGUCAGGUUCCCGACGACUGGAGCGGAUUCAUGAUACUGAGACCGGCCUGUCCGCCGGGCAUGACGAGCAGGGAUCUCGAACGCGAAAUGUGUUACAAGUGUGCUGUUGGUCAGUAUUCGAAUGUUCCCAAUUCGACGUGCACUCUCUGUCCGCACGGUCUGACAACAGAACGCGAAGGUUGCACCAGUAAGACCGACUGCAGUCGAUGUGUUGAUGAUUAUUGUGGAUACGGUACGUGUACGGUCACGUUGCUGGGUCCUGCUCCUACGUGUGAGUGUCAGUUUGGCUUUACUAAAGACAACGAAGGACUCUGUAUGGUCGCUACGUACUACAUAGCCGCAUCGGGUUUCAUCGCAGGGCUUGCACUUCUCAUCCUGCUUGUCGUGUCGAUCGCAAAGUUUAGAAAAGCGAGAAAGAGUCAUAAAGACGUGUUGAGAAACAAAGACCACGAGCUGAUGGAACUGAACAGCAUUUUUAACAUUGACUCCAAAGAGUUGAGACUUCGAGGAAGGAUUGACCAGAAUUGUCCGGGUGGAUACGGUGAGGUGUACAGAGCAGAGUAUAGAGAACUGAUUGUGGCCGUCAAGAAACUACAAGGAAUACAUCAGGAACUCGAUCGCAUCGCGUUAGAGUUCGAGAGAGAAAUCGAAGUGAUGAGAACCAUGAGACAUCCGAAUAUUGUUCUGUUUCUGGGAGGAGGUCGCUACCACGAUGACGGAUGUUUGUUCCUUGUAGUGGAGUACAUGCCUAGAGGAUCACUGACAAGUGUUUUAAGAAACUCGAGGAUGGAGUUGGAGGACAGUCUCAAGAUGAGGUUUACUAUUGAUGCUGCCAAGGGAAUGAGGUUCUUGCACAGUCUGCGUCCGCCUCGAGUUCAUCGCGACUUGAAGAGCAGCAAUCUGUUGGUCAGUCAGAAGUGGGUGGUCAAGGUGGCUGAUUUUGGGUCGGCGCGAUUGGUUAAGGAUGAAGGAAUCGAUCAGGAAGCGGUUAGAGGAGCGGGACCGCUCGAUGUGACGGCUCCACUUCUUCGUGCGGACUAUCAGUUGUCGUCAGGCAUUGGAACACCGAGUUGGUGUGCUCCGGAGAUUCUGACUGGACAAGGAUAUGGAACACCAGCGGAUGUUUACAGUUUUGGUAUUGUGAUGUGGGAGAUUUGGUCGAGACAGAUUCCGUUUGACGACCUCACACUUCAAUCCGUUCUCGAUUUGAAGACAGCCGUCCUGAGUGGAGUCAGGCCAAGCGUGCCACUGGACGAGCACACCGACUACGUCGAACUAAUGCGAGCCUGUUGGUCGAGCGACAGUAGUUCGAGGCCUACGUUUUGCAACGUCGUCGUUAGACUGGAAGGAAUGAGCGAAAACUGUUGUCUCGUUAGUGAGACAGAGACCACCUUCAAGUAGUCGUAAAAUUGAUGGUGGUUAUGAACAUAUCUCAGAUGGUGGAGAACUUAAUCUAAUAAAAUACUUUCUGUAGGGCUCGAGAUCGUUUUGAUGCCGAUUUUGGCCAUCUACUUAGGUUUCUACUGUACUGUACCAGGAGCAGUUCUGAAGUCUAGUCUCUACUCAGACUAAUGUAAACGUGGUGUUAUGACGCAUUUCACACUCUGAUGUCAUUGGUCUCGUUGCUAGAUCAUGACACCUCAGGUAGUAUCAACUCAAGAAACGCAAACCUGAAGAUAACCGUAAAGAUUAGCCAAUGGUUGAGGUUAAUUCUAAUAACAAUAAAAGUCACCAAAGGCUAAAAGAAAAUGUAGUAGAAGUAGGAAGUUAUCUUCCAAGUCCAAAUCCCGUCAAUCUAUAAAAAUGAAAGAAGGUCCUUGCUCUGUCUGUCUGUCAACGCAAAACGGCAAGAACGGUUGACGGAUAGGUCUGAAAAUUAUAUCAACGAGGUAACUUCUAACGGACAAUAACAUUGGGUAAUGCGUUGGAU